AUGGGUGCCAGAGCAACGUCAUCUCAGCUGCUCUGCGUCGCCGGGCCCAACCACCACCACCACCGACGAGCAACAAGUUGCGGCCAACCCAGCCACCUGGCCGUGGCCUCCCAGGCUUCCGGCGAGGAGAUUGAGGCGUUCCAAGCUGAACGAGAGAGGCCCGCCAAGGCGGGCAACAAGGAGGACGAGGAGGUGGAGGGCGAGGACGAGGAGGCGACGACCAAGAGGACGACGAUGACGACCACCGCACCGCCGCCGCCGCACCGCAACGCCGCCGCCGCCACCAACACUACCAACCCGCCCCCGCCGGCCGAAUCGCAGUCCCGGGGCCCGACUCCCGCGCCUCCGGCUCCCCCGGCCCCCGGCUCCCGGGAGGCCUCGCCUCAAAACACCCCCCGGGCCGCCUCUCCCACGCCGUCCUUCGUCACUUCCCCGGACGGCCCACGCCGGCCUCUGGACGCCGCCUCGCCCUCCAUCCUCCGCUCCCUGCCCCGAGCCGCCAGCCUCCUGAGUGGACAAAGGACACCUCAACACCAGUCUACUGACCGCUGCAAGUGGCCACGGACCUAG